UUUGCAUUCAUUCAAUUUCAAGAUGGCGCUUCGCACGCUCAGUGCAAGUUAUGGGCCUAUAUGGAGAUGUGCGGCACCAAGUAUCAGACGGCUUGUUGGAAGAAGGCACUUUUCACAAGAGCCAACAACUGUUACGCUAAUUCCAGGAGAUGGAAUCGGGCCAGAAAUAUCAGCUUCUGUUCAACAAAUAUUUGCAGCUGCACAAGUUCCGGUUGUCUGGGAGUCGGUGGAUGUGACGCCAGUCCGCGGUCCGGACGGCAAGACCAGGAUUCCCCCCGAGGCCAUCGACAGCAUGGGCCGAACCAAGCUGGGCUUGAAGGGCCCCCUGGCUACACCUGUCGGCAAGGGUCACAUGAGCCUCAACCUGGCUCUGCGCAAGGAGUUCAGUCUCUACGCCAAUGUCAGACCCUGCAAAUCGAUAGAAGGUUACAAGACUCCAUAUGAUAAUGUGGAUUUGGUGACAAUCCGCGAGAACACGGAAGGGGAAUACAGUGGUAUUGAACAUAUGAUUGUCGACGGGGUGGUCCAGAGCAUCAAACUCAUCACCGAGCCAGCCUCCAGGCGAGUAGCAGAGUUUGCUUUCGAGUUUGCCAAGAGCAACAAUAGGCAGACGGUCACUGCAGUCCACAAGGCUAACAUCAUGAGGAUGUCCGAUGGUCUGUUUCUCCAGUGCUGUCGAGAGGAAGCAGAGAAGCAUAGGGAAGUCAAAUUCCGGGAGAUGUAUCUAGACACAGUCUGCCUCAAUAUGGUGCAGGAUCCCACUCAGUUUGAUGUGCUGGUUAUGCCCAAUCUCUAUGGGGAUAUCUUAAGUGAUUUGUGCGCCGGUUUGGUGGGCGGACUCGGCGUAACGCCAAGCGGCAAUAUUGGAGCUGGCGGGGUGGCAAUUUUUGAAUCGGUUCACGGCACUGCCCCAGACAUUGCCGGCCUGGACAAGGCCAACCCAACGGCGUUGCUCCUCAGCGCGGUCAUGAUGCUCAGGCACAUGAGUUUGACUGAGCAAGCCGACCAGAUAGAGUCUGCUGCCCUCGCCGUCAUCAAGGGGGGCAAGGUGCUAACAGGUGAUUUGGGUGGGAAGGCCAGCUGUUCAGAAUUCACCAGAGCCAUCUGCGAUCACCUAGCCUGAUAACGAGCUUGCUCAGUUGCCCCUUCAGUAUCUACAAUGUAUCCCACGUCUCAGGAUUCGCAGAGGUAGUUCUAGACAGUUACGUAGGCAAUGAAUGGAUCCCCCCCAAGUAGUUGUUGGUCACUAAUUUCCCCCCUCCAAAAAGAGACACAAUUCCUUUUUUGCAAAGUGUUGGUAAGAAAAACAAUAGGUUGCUACCUUCAUGGGCUCCACUCUGAACUAAAGAGGGGACUUUUAACCACGCUCGUCCGUUACCUACAUGCACCUGGCAUGGACUUUCAUUGUGUUCAUGUAGUUCAGAAAACUCUGUGAAAAUACUCAUGCCUCUAAAUCUGUGUUCCAGAAAGGGGGGCUGGUAUUCAUGUGUGAACAGGGCUUAGUCAACACAAACUGCUUAACGAGGACAUGUUACUCUUCACGGGUCAGACAAUGGUUAGGUGUGCAUUACGCUGAUCCCAUAGCGUGAUCAUGACCUCACUGCCAAUGCACGAGUGUUCUCCUGGCCUGGUCGAGCGUGUACUCUUGCUCACUCAUGCAUCAUACUCCUGUUUGUACACUCAUGAGUAUACUCGCGUCGAUGCGGGCAGCACACUCAAACACUGCCCAAGUGUCGGUUGUCGCCUCGCAUGUUUGUCAAGGGCAGGGGGGGAGAUUUACCUUCUGGAGCCCAUACACCUGGCAUGAAAACAACUGCCUCUAUACCACCCCAUCACAAGAGUGACUCCAGCGUUUUGAGUAAACUGUCGUUUACCUUGUUGUAAACCUUAUUGUUUCACGUAGUUCUGAACACGACUGAAUCACAUUUUUUGAAUAGAGUUGCCUGUUGCCAGGCAACGGCUGAGAGGCUAACCUUGCAAACAAGGAAAUAUACAAAACAACCUGUCUUGUAAAAAAAUUGUACAGUGGCCAGAUGAUGGUGUGGAGAUUUGAUCUACCCUUCUGACUUAAAUAAAGUUUUGCAAUAUGUUCCAAGCCUAGGCCGUUUUCCAAUACUCAACUUCGGCUCCGUCUCAAGCUUCAUCUGUUUUUUUACUACCUGACUUUGAAGCU